GGGACUCUGAGCUCCGGCUGCGCCGCGCGCCCCCCACCUCCUCUCCCUGCUUCCCUGCCGAGCUCGCCCGCUGGCCAUGAACCUUUGGCCUGGAGCCCCUGGCCUCUGAGCCUCGAGUCGCCCGCUCCAGUCCACGCCGCUCGGCCCCAGAUAGCACUCCGGCCGCUGGGGCUCCCCAUCCUCUGUCAGAGACGGCAUCCAGGCGCUGCGGGAUGGCGCUCCGCGGGCCCCCUGGGCCGCGCAAAGUUCGCAGGAGGCGAGAGAUGCUGCCGCAGCAAGUUGGCUUUGUGUGCGCGAUUUUGGCCCUGGUGUGCUGUGCGUCUGGCCUCUUUGGCAGCUGGGGGCACAGAACAGCUUCUGUGAGCAAAUAUGUUCUCCCAGACACAUGGAGAAAUAGAAGGCUGAUGGCACCAGUGAAUGGGACUGAGGCAGCCAAGAACUGCACAGAUCCUGCGAUUCACGAGUUCCCCACAGACCUGUUCUCCAACAAUGAGCGACAGCACGGGGCCGUCCUGCUGCAUAUUCUUGGUGCUCUGUACAUGUUCUACGCCUUGGCCAUAGUGUGUGAUGACUUCUUUGUUCCGUCUCUAGAGAAGAUCUGCGAGAAACUCCAUCUGAGCGAAGAUGUGGCUGGAGCCACCUUCAUGGCUGCGGGAAGCUCAACACCAGAGCUGUUUGCCUCUGUCAUUGGCGUGUUCAUCACCCACGGAGAUGUCGGGGUCGGGACCAUCGUGGGCUCUGCUGUGUUCAAUAUCCUGUGUAUAAUCGGAGUUUGUGGAUUAUUCGCAGGGCAGGUGGUCCGUCUGACAUGGUGGGCCGUGUGCCGAGACUCCGUGUACUACACCCUGUCUGUCAUCGUGCUCAUUGCCUUCAUAUACGAUGAAGAAAUUGUGUGGUGGGAAGGCCUGGUGCUCAUCAUCUUGUACGUGUUUUACAUCCUGAUCAUGAAGUACAAUGUGAAGAUGCAGGCCUUUUUCACAAUCAAACAAAAGACUAUCGCAAAUGGCAACACGGUCAACAGUGAGCUGGAGGAUGGUAAUGAUUACUGUGAUAGUAGCUCUGAUGACCCUUCCCUGCCAUUGCUGGGGCAAGUGAAGGAGGAGCCGCAGUACAACAAAAACCCAGUGGUGAUGGUGGACGAGGUCAUGAGCUCCAGCCCUCCCAAGUUCACCUUCCCAGAGGCGGGCUUACGCGUAAUGAUCACCAAUAAAUUUGGGCCCAGGACUCGUCUGCGGAUGGCCAGCAGGAUCAUAAUUAAUGAGAGGCAAAGGCUGAUCAACUCGGCCAACGGCGUGAGCAGCAAACCGCUUCAGAACGGGAGGCACGAGAGCAUUGAGAAUGGGAACGUGCCCGUGGAAAACCUGGAAGAGCCACAGCGGGACCAAGAGCCCCCGCCGCAGCCCCCGCCACCUCCCCAGGAGCCAGAGCCCGUGGAGGCCGCUUUCCUGUCCCCCUUCUCCAUGCCUGAGGCAAGAGGGGACAAAAUCAAGUGGGUGUUCACCUGGCCGCUCAUCUUCCUCCUGUGCAUCACCAUCCCCAACUGCAGCAAGCCCCGCUGGGAGAAGUUCUUCAUGCUCACCUUCGUCAUCGCCACGCUCUGGAUUGCUGUCUUCUCCUACCUGAUGGUGUGGCUGGUGACUAUUAUUGGAUACACCCUUGGGAUCCCCGAUGUCAUCAUGGGCAUUACUUUCCUUGCAGCAGGCACGAGCGUCCCCGACUGCAUGGCCAGCUUGAUUGUGGCCAGACAAGGCCUUGGUGACAUGGCGGUCUCUAACACCAUAGGAAGCAACGUGUUCGACAUCCUCGUGGGACUCGGCAUACCGUGGGGGCUGCAGACCAUGGUUGUUAAUUAUGGGUCCACGGUGAAGAUCAACAGUCGGGGUCUGGUCUACUCCGUGGCAUUGCUGCUGGGCUCCGUCGCUCUCACCGUCCUCGGCAUCCAUUUGAACAAGUGGAAGCUGGACCGGAAGCUGGGGGUGUACGUGCUGGUCCUCUAUGCCAUCUUCUUGUGCUUCUCCAUAAUGAUAGAGUUCAACGUCUUUACCUUUGUCAACCUGCCAAUGUGCCGAGAAGACGAUUAAGAUGAAGCCACUGGCCCCCGUCCGGGAGCUGUUCUGGACACUCCGGCGCUGGCGUCCCUUUUUCCCUGCCCCUCCCCACCACGGAUCUCUCCUGCAUCGGCCGCCACCGUCCGUUCUUUCAUCCACGGGAAGAAAGCGCCAUCGUGGUCUGUGUCUGGUCACGGGCCAGGCUGCUGGGCGUCAUCCUCCUCCUUGGAGUUCUGCCCCCACAAAAAGGCAAGAUUCAGGGGCCGCUGUUGGAGCAGCUUCGCAGACCUCCGAGCCGCCGGCCAUAGGGACGUGGCAUGUAUCUCCUCUUGGACGCCUGGAUCAGAAGGACUUCUGUACGUGGGUUGUCUUUCUGUCACACGGCAGCCUCGGAAAUGAGGCGGUUGGUGAACACAAGGUUUCCUGGGGCAAGUGCAAAAUAGGAGUGUUGUUCUUAAGGGGCCCCGCUGGACCAGAGGGUGUGGGUUCCUUGGGCAGCAUGUGCUCCUUAGAGCUUCUGAAUCCUGCUGGAAGCACUCAAGGUUUAGAGAGAGCGAGGCUCAACCUGUUGGGAGUUUGGGGCCAUGACGACAAACACUCCACCCCUUUUCCUGGACAAAUUUGGAAGAAAAGAAACAGUUGUUCACAGCAGAAGAGAGAAAACAAGUGCAUACACUUCUCGUUUUCAUUGAUACAUUCAGAGAAUGAGCAAUGAUACAGUCAAAAUAAAAUGUCAGCUAUAGAUCAUCAUACUUGAAAAAUACCAUCGCACACAAAGGACCUUGAUGGGGACCAGAAAGGUAAUACUUACGGGAAACAAAUCCUAUGUGUAUCAUGUUGCGUUGACACUAAGACAUUUGGUUUGGAACAUAGAGAAAGUUGAAGACUAACAUCUACAUGGGUGCUAACUCAGAGACACAGUGGAGAUAGUGCUUUACAGCCAUUAAUUCCAGACCUGUGGCGUGGGAUGCGCUGUCAGUUUGGGUUUGUCAUUUCUUUGUAAAUGCCCUGCCCUCAAAAUCACCCUGUUCAAAGACCCAAUUGUUUAUAUGCCCAACAAAUUUCAUAGCCUGCUGAACUGGAAUGUGUGUGCCAGAAGCAAUGGUUAAUGACAAGAAGAAAGAUUUCCUGCAAAACCACCAAUUGCUCUCUGGUGAGCUGGAGGCAAGUAUGGAAACCGUUAACUUGGAAAUUUUUAGAGCUAAGGUUCUUGAAUCUUAUAGUUUGCUAAAAAAGGCCAAAGAUGAGAGGUUAAUUGAAAAAUAGAUAGAAACAUUAAACAAUUUUGACUGCUUCGUAGCUCUCAAAUACAUAUUAAAAAGAUUUACGAACACAAACCAUUUGUGGUUUCUGAAAAGAAAGCACAAUUCAUUUUGUAGAGAGGUGUUCUUUUUUAUUUUUUUUAAUGUUUCUAUUGCAAAGAGUCUAUCAGAUUUGAUGCACUUUAAUACUGGGCUAUUUUGCACAGAAGACUGUAUGGGGAAUGCCCCCAUGAUGGUAUGAGGAAAGGAGGGUUUUAGUGAUUCACUGAUAAUUAAUCAUGGGUGAUAAGUGUAAAUCCAAUAGCUGAUUCUUUCCCGAGACACAACGGUUGUAACCUGCAGUGGAAUCUGUGGCUGUGCUCUCUGUGGCCUCCUGAAUUUCAGGAGGGCAUGUUUAACCUUGUGUCCCUAAAAUGUCCUUAGCAUGAGCCUCAGACGUGACAGCCCCAUCACUGGCUUUCUAUUCUGGAUCCUCAUCAGUGUUAGUAGCUACACCAAGUCAAGACUUCUCCUUUUGUUUCUCUGCUUAGAUACUCAGUGGUCUUCCAGUUGAGGACAGGGGUCAUUUUCCUGAGAAAUUAGCUAAAGUGGGUGGCCAGGGAGCCCCUAGGUUCAUCAGCACAAAUGUUUAGACACAGAGGGUUUCAGAGUUGUUGGAACCAUUCUGCCCACAGAGAAUAGCCACCUGGUCUCCUCUGUCUUACAGCCUCAUCCAGGUUUCAGAGUGCAUCUGUGUCCAUUUUUGAAUCUCAAAACUGCCCUGUGAUGUAAGUAGGGAUGAUCGUCCCCAUUUAACAGGAAGUUCAGUCUUGGAGAGGUCAGGUGACUCUAGGUCAAUGGCUAGUAAGUUGCAAACAGGAGCUGAGUCCCAGAGCGCCACCUGGCUCGGCCAGUCCAGCAUGUGGUCAUCCUUGGUCAUGCAGAUGGGGAUGUGUCCUUGUCCUUGGGGUUGGCCCUUAUUGUUUGAGUCAAAACUUCAUCACAUUUCUAACUGACAUCUGGAUGCUCUGUCUCCCAUCCUAAUAUUUAUCCCCAUCCUAUGUCCCUAUUAUUUUCUGAUAAAGAUCAAAAAAUAUUUUUAGCUAGGCUGUAUGGGCCCUGAUGAGAGCCCUGCUGGUGUUCCGUCUUUGAAUCCCUGUGUAGCUUUCAAAGAACACACCCUUAUCACCCACCUCUUCCUCAGCAGAACCCCUCUGAGAUGAUAAAUAUGCUGCAGUUCCAGUUUGAGACAAAAACUAAUGUUUCUAAUAUGUAGAACAGCCCUCCUGGCUAAUCCUCUUAUGACUUUAAUGUGCCAAGGUAACUUCCUUAAAGGAUCUAUGCAUUUAUUGUAGCUAGGAAACUACAUAUACACUGUAGGUGAAGAAGUCUCUUUUGUAACUAAAUAUUUUUUCCAUUUCAAGUUUAAAGAAUUGCUUGAUUAAUUCGGCCUUCAUUUGAAAAAUGCUUUCGUCACUGCGCAGGGUUGCUUCCUUUAUUUUAUUCCCGAAGCUAAUUAGCACAGAGUAAUUACUCUGCUAUGAAAAUAGGCAAUCUGAAAAAUAAACUUGGCUCUUUGAAUUGGGGGCAGAAAAAUGAACCCAUUGUACUCAGAUAGAAAACGUCUAUAAAAGCAGGAGCAGGAGGCUCCUGGCAUCUCUGGUGUGGAUUUUCCUUUGCCAGCCGAGCAUAGUCAAGGGGAAGGUAUGCAGUGUCCUGAGAGCCUGGCCCUAGAGGAAGGCUCUAGGUCAGCUGCAGUGACAGACUGAUGCUAAAGGCAGAUCAGAAUGGUCUCAUUCCCAUCCUUCCUGUAACCCACGGUGUCCCGACCUCUGUGUUCCCCUUCCAUAAGCUCCGACCUUGUGAGUUUUCCUCUGUUCAUUACCUGCUCCUCCUCCCCUCACCCCACCUAUUAGGACUUGUUCUUGCUUCUCCGGAUGGUGCCUCGUGGUAAACAACCAGCCUGCCGAUGCAGAAGACAUGAGACACCAGUUCAAGCCCUGG